CUCAUAUUUUCCAUUCGGGCGUCGAGCUGUCUUGUGCGAUUAUUUCACCUUUUUUCUCGUGAGGAAGGUGAUUUACCAAAGAUGGCUAAAGCUCUAACGUUGGCCAAAAAUUUAGAGAAGGAGUUGGAAUGCGCUGUGUGCUUGGAGCAGUUUAAAGAUCCCAAAGUUCUUCCGUGUCUUCAUUCCUUCUGCAAAAUAUGUCUGGAGGGGCUGGUCGAUAGAAAAAGAAACGCUUGGAAGUUGAUUUGUCCUUCUUGUCGAAUUAGUGUAGAGGUUAGUUUAUGAAUGUGAUGUAUCAUUCCUUACCAUCGUGAUGUGAAACCGUUGAGUGUUCGCCACACCGCUACAGGGUCUUUGUAGAACUGUACGUACAUGUGCACAUUGGAGUAAUGAAAGGGUAGGUUUGAAUUUACGCUACACAAGUAUUCUUUGAAGAUUAAAGGAUUUGUGAAACAAAAAUUAAGUUAAGGCUUGAUGUAGCUGCGUUUUCGCAAAUUUUGUACAGAAAAUGUGAUUUUUCAGAGGAUGCUCGAAUUCGCUUUUCGGCCGCCAUCGCGUUACUGAAAUGUAUCUCUAUUUUACGAAAAAUAAAGGGGUUUCAACGACGCUUUUGAAUAAAAGGGAGACUUAGAAACUAUUUUCCCCCAAACUCUUAUUGCUAAUAUGCAAUUUUCAAGAGAUUUGAGCAAGAUUUUCAUUUCGCUAUCCCUUAAUUAUCUGAUAGAAAAUUAAUCAGAUUAAGUUACCCAUGCAGUCGCUUCUAGUUACAGCGUCAUAUGCGUACCCUUGGCGUGUACUUUGAUAGAGCACAACUACUUUAUUCAAUCGCAACCGUUGGUCUAAUGAUUUGAAUGAUUUCAUUGGUAAAUGAGGUAAGAACUGUAAAACAAACUGAAUGUUAGAGAAAUGCAUGAAGACCUGUGAACUGGCUCUGUGAACCAGCGUAGAGACCAGAAGAUGUAAUAAGAAAGACAAGGAGUUUGAUUUAGAAUUCGUACAAGCCUUACCCCUGUCUCUGUACAUAUACACUUAUUAGUUGAGAAAAACAUUUCAACAGCAGAUUUUGACAUCACAUUCUUGCUUCUGUUUUAUUUCACCCAGCUUCCCGAGGGAAAAGUUGAUUCCCUGCCAGUUAAUUUCUUCCUCAACAAUUUAAUGUCCCUGGUCUCACUUCAUGAAGAUUCAGGAAGUUGUAAGCUGGAAUGUGAUAUUUGUGAUAGUGGAGACCCUCCUGUCAACAGAUGUAACACAUGCAGCCACUUUCUUUGUGAGUUUUGCACCCAAGCACAUCAGCGAGGACGUAACUCAAGGACACACUGUCUGGUGUCACUUGAGGAAGCCAAAGAUAUGGGAUCUGUAGCUUUAACAAAACCCAGUAUCUGUAAGGAACAUGAAGGAGAGUUGUUGAAGCUGUUUUGUGAAACAUGUGAUGAAGCUAUCUGUAGAGACUGUACUAUUGUGAAGCAUCGUGAACACAAGUAUACCUUUGUCAAAGAUGCUUUUGUAGAGAAAAAGGAAAGUGUGUUGAAAAUUCUCUUACAGACGAAAGGAAAAGCAGUGUUACUAAAGGAGGCAAUUGAUAGAGUCUCAGAGAUGAGGAGAAGUGUUGAAUUGCAUGCAGAACAGACUGUUCAAGAAGUGACCAAUACUUUUCAGAAACAAAUAGCCUGUCUGAAUGCUCGCUGUGAGGAAUUAAUUCAUGGUGUGCAAGAGCUGAAAAAGGCCAAACAGAAGUCACUAGAAGUCCAGCAAGAGGAACUAGAAUCAGCCUUAUGCAGUGUACAAAGCAGUGUGGAAUUCACAGAGAAAGCUCUGGAAAAUGGCAGCAAAGUGGAAAUUUUGAACAUGCGCAAAAAAAUGUCCAACCGAUUACAGGAACUAAAUUCUGAAAUAUGGUGUCUAGAGCCAUGUGCACACGAUGGCUUUAGGUUUCAUGCUGAUGAACAACUUCACCAAGUGUUAACCAGCUAUGGAACCAUCACCGAUCUCUGUACAGACGCUGGUACAUCAACAGUCACUAUGGGGCAUGGUUUAGAGGAUGUGAUGUAUGAUACAAUCAUCAAGCAACCAGUUGAAUUCACAGUUACUGCGAAAGAGAAGAAUGGAGAGAAACGAAGAAAAGGUGGUGACAAAUGUGAAAUAAAAAUUUGUGUACCAAAAGGCAAAACUAGAUUUAAUGAUGUGGCUCAGUUUCCAGCUAAAGAUGUUGGCAAUGGAACUUACAGCUUCAACUUUACUCCAAACCAAAAGGAUGUGCAGUACCAGUUGUCAGUGAAAUUGAAUGGUUGUCAAGUUAAAGGUAGUCCUUGCAUCUGGCCCACCGAAAAAUGGCUACUCUUCACAGAAAAACAUGAAGCUUCCUUCAUUCAGUUGGACAAAAAUUCAAGGGUGGCAACUUAUGUGGCAUUUGAGGAAAAUGAUCUAGACGAUUAUGAAGACACAGAUGAAGAAUCAGAUGAAUACCUAGAUGAAGAAACUGUUGUAAAAGCAAUGAAAACCUUUUUAAAAAACCGACAUACUGUCUUCUCAGAUAAAUAUGCAGAUGAUGGUACAGAUGAAGGUACAGAUGAAGGUACAGAUGAAGGUACAGAUGAAGGUACAGAUGAAGACACUGAUGAAGACACAGACCCAGAUGAAGACUUGACUGAAAGACUCACAGUCUUUGGUACUUCUUCAUUUAAAGUUGGAAAGCAUUCAUGGAAAGCCAAAAUAUCUGGUGAAGUUUCUAAUGGAUUUUCCUUUGGUGUUGGUGUCAGCAAGGAAAUGAGGUGCCCUUGUAAGGACCAGUGGAUGUGGGAGGCAGGAGAAAAGUACCACCCCUUAUACACUGAGAAAAGUACAAUUAAAAAAUGUAAAAGUGGUGACAUCAUUGAAUUUUAU